AAAGAUCCUGGGUACGAGGUUGGAAUAAGUCUUGAGCGUCGAGGAACGGUUUUGGUAUUAUCAAGGGAAGGCUAUACACAACGGCAGAUUGCUGGUAAAGUUGGUUGCAGCCAAAGAAGUGUCAGCGACAUACUGAAGAAGAAACAACUGACUGGCAGUGUUAAGGACAUCAAGAUCCUAGGCAAAAAGAGAAAGACAACGCGAUACAACAUCUUGGUGCGAAAAAGUAAAGUUGACCGCUUUAAAACUGCCUCAGAGAUUAAAGCCGAGAUGCAAAACGAGCAUGCAGUGCAUAUGUCCGUUUCCACCACACGACGGAGACCACGAGAUGCUGGGCGGAAUGGUCGCAAACCAAGAAAAAACCACGUUUAA